AACUACUACUACUAAUAAUAAUAAUAAUACAAUAAUUUAAAUAUAUCAUUCCAUCAUUUCAUUUUAAUGUCUAUUUAUAUUCAGUACAUUGUUUAUGUGAAGUGUGCUACAUAACUCAAACUGAUUUAAACAUAUAUCUAUCAAUAACAUCUUAAUAUAGGUUCCUUACUACAUUUCUCUUCUCCUUUAAAUCUGCAGUUUAGAUGAAUGAACAUCAAGUAGAAUGUGAGUAAUUUUAAUAACCCACUAUGACUUUAGUUUAUAUAUCAUAAAUCUUUAUUCUGGUGUACUAUAUCUCCUCUCGACAGCCUAAUACCAUUCUUAUUGCAGAUUUUUUUCCCCAUUGUAAUCAUUUUCACUAGAAUAUUUUAUGAGAGAGAUAUUUUACUAAUGCACACUGGUAAAAAAAAAAAACCCCAAACAAAUUAAAAAACAAAAAAACAAAACAAACAAAAAAAAACCCAGGAUCAAAUGACCUCCUGUCUUCUGUGUGAUACUGGGCUAUAUAUAUCAGGCUAUUUGAUGUAAUUGGAUAUUUUUCUGGAUAAUAGGAUGACAACAUAAUACUCAUAAAUAAUUACCAGAUUUAUCACCAUUCAUCCCCAAGUUUCUGUGUGGUCAUUGGUCCCCUGGAAAAAAAUGAAAUGGUAAAAGUUCAUCUUUUGGGGCUGAAAUACCUUCAACAAUUUAACAUUGGGGACUCAAGUGGAUAAAAUUAAUUAUUUAUUUAUUUUGUUUUUGACAGGUUUACAAGUACUGCAAUUAAAUGGGCAACUGGGAAUAUUACUGAAGUUGCCAUUGCUGACCCUAUAGUGUCCAUACAGACUGUUAUGAAGUCCUAUCCACUCCAUUAUCUCUAUAUUAAAAAUAUUCCAACAUUUCUGUGAGCAUUUGGGUCAAGCUUAUUUCUAAAGAGAGAAGGAAAAAAAUGGGGUGGUGUUGUACAUAAAAGAUCUUUACCACUGUUUCCUGCCAAGAAUGGAUGAUGUUAGUGUUCCAAGCAUAAACGUCAUAACACAGAGCACAUACUGUUUUUUGCAAUGUUCAAUUAGGGCAUUAUGUCUGAUUUCCACUUGCACGUUUGUGCAUGUCCUUAGUGAGAUGAUAAUACAUUUUUGAUUCUUCACAAACCCCUGUGAGGCAGUGCUUAAGUCACAAGUAUAACAAUCUAAAGAUGAGCUUUAAGAUAACACCCAAUACUCCAGAGACCUGCCUGCUGUUCAAAAUCACACCUAUAAAGCCUUGAAUGUUUUAUCGGGUAGUCACAGGCAGCUAUAACAUAAGUUGAUAAAGAUGACGGCUUUGUGUGUAUGUGGUUUAGAUACAAGGUUUACUGUGCAUUGAAGUACAUGAAUGCUUUUUUGCUAUGUUGCCUUUGAGUAUUUGAAUUCCAGACUACAGGCAAAAAUAUUAUAAGAUGUUAUCAUAAAUGCAUAAUAUAUACAAUGUGUAAUGCUUAACCGUAGUGUACAUGGACUCAGUUAUCCAGCAUGAAGUUAUCAUGGUUACAGUUUAUGAAUAAAAUGUAAUCAUAACAUUCAAUGUUUUUUCCUCUUUUUAUGAUUUUUUGGUUAUUAUGUUCAUUGGUGUGAUUGCUAAAUUGAAAUGCAUAAAUAUUUUCUCCCUAAUAAACCAUGAAGUGAUGAUUGGUUUCUCAGUUUUAUAAGGAGCAAAAGCUAAGAAAUGAACAACCAAUAUAACACAUCCUCUUUUUUACAGAUUAAUGUCUUUAAUCUCUCUUCUGAGAGUGUUUUUCCUGCAUUUCUUUUUGCAACUCUGAAUUACAUGAUCAUACUAUUUUGCAACCUUACUCUGAUCCUCACCAUUGUGCUGAAUAAAUCUCUGCAUCAGCCAAUGUACCUAAUUCUGCUGAAUCUUCCUAUGUAUGACCUUAUAGGUUCAUCAGCUCUCUUUCCACAGCUCAUCAAAGAAAUACUGAGAAACAGUGGGAUAAUGCAAUACUCAGCUUGUGUUGCUCAAGCUUUCUUUAUCCAUAUAUAUGCAGCAGGCACUGUGUUCAAUCUGAGUGCAAUGGCAUAUGAUAGAUACAUUGCCAUAUGUUACCCACUGCAGUACAGUACUGUGAUGACUAAUGCCCAUAUCAUGAGAAUAAUCACCAUUGUAUGGAUGAGUUGUUUAGUUUUAAUUGCUGUGCUUUUUUUCUUACUUUUGCGUUUGCCUCGUUGUCGAUCUGAAAUGACUCACAUUUACUGUGAUAAUCCAUCUCUGCUGACUUUGGUCUGUGCUGACACAACUAUUAACAAUAUCUAUGGCCUUUUGAUAGUUGCUCUUUCACAAUUAGUGGCUAAUGGAAUUGUUUUGUAUACAUAUCUCCGGAUCCUCAUAGCAUGCUUUAGAUCUAAACGAUCAGAUACAAAAGCCAAAGCUCUGCAGACAUGUGCUACACAUCUGAUUGUUUUUCUCUUGUUGGAGUGUCUUGGUCUUUUCACUAUCAUAUCAUAUAGACUAAGUAAUGUUUCACCCCAUUUCAGAAGAUUUAUGGGUUUGUCAACUUUAAUUUUCCCCCCAACACUGAAUCCAAUCAUCUAUGGUUUGAAAACAAAGGAAAUUCGAGAAAAGGUGUUGAACUUUUUAAAGAAUAGGAUGUUUUCAUCUUAAUGCACUCUUUCAAAAGAAUCUGAUGUAACAUACUGAAACAUUGGACGUUUUUCACCUUCACUGUCCUCCUGCUAUGUGAAAUUGUAUUGUAUGUCAUUGUUUACUCAGUCACGUCCUUUUCUCUCAAAAGCAGUGCUCAUUAAUAUUUCUGAAAUCAAACAAUUUUUGAAAACAACAAUACAAGCAAUUAACAUCUGAUUAAUGACUGAAGGUAAUAUUUUUUAUUGUGCGUUGUUACUUUAUCAUUAAUGUUUGUCAUUAUACCAUUGCAUAAAAAGUAAACGCACACUUGAAGUUAAUUACAAUGUUUUUGCUUUUUAUGUUGUAUGACAAUUUUCUAAAUAAAUAAAUAAAUAAACAAUGUUUAGUAGGUACUACAGCAGUUGGAAUAAUUAUAAUUCUAUUCCAAUUAAAGGAACUAUUCCAUUUUCCAUUUUACAGUAUUAAAAAGAUCAAAUUUACUCACUGAGCAUUUUAAUGUUUAGCACCAAAAUAUCACCAUUUAUCUUAUUCAUAACUGCAUGGUAAUGAUACUAUUUUGUAUAAAAUAGGAGAAUAGAGAAAUGUAUUCAAGACUCAGAAAGAUUAGACUGUAAUUAGAAAGUCUAAUCUUUAUGAUCUUAUUCAAAUAUUGUAGUACUUAAAGUCUAGAAUAAAAAGCAAACUUAGUUUCUGGUGUUCUAUAGGUCAGCCGUGUGUAUCGCUUAGAUAUUAACUAACUUGAAUUCUGCAUUUUAUUUUAAGGCAUUUAUGAAGUCAUUCCGAAGGAAAUUGAAAUCAUUGUAAAUUUAUUAUGAUUGUCUAAACCUGAUCUGUACAUAAUGUGAAGUCUAAGAAAUGUGUGGUUCAGUGCUUAAAACAUUAAAUAUACACAAAAUUAAGAGUGAAGUCCGUAACUGUUGUAUACAUCACACAUUAAAAUUACUUCAUUCUGAAUUCAUUUUGACAUUAAAACUAAAACUAUAUGGACUUCAUUUCAUUCAGCAGUGUACAUCUCUCUUUCAUUUUGUGUAAUCUGCAGCCCUCUAGUGUCUUUGAAGGCACAUUAAAUGUCUCACAGAACAUUACAUCUAGUAUGGUCUGAUUAAACACACACACACACACACACACACACA